AUACCCUUGAGGAAGUAGACACGAAAAUGUCGUUGGAUCUGUGAGAAGUUGGCAAAUAUUUAUUUAUACUUGUAUUUUGUGUUGAUUCGAGUAAAAUGGACAGAUUCACAUGGUCAAAUGGUCUUCUGGAAAUGAAUGAAACAUUGGUGAUUCAACAACGAGGUGUCAAACUUUAUGACGGAGAAGACAAGGCCAAGUUGGAUGUUGGAAUUGCUCUGCUGAGUACUCACCAGUUAAUAUGGAGGGACCUGAAGAAUAAUGAAUGCUGCAUAGCCAUACCCCUUUCUCAGAUCAUCUACUUUGAGGAACAAGCUGCGGGUAUCGGAAAGAGUGCCAAGAUAGUGGUCCACCUGCACGCUUCCCCGGCCAAUAAGGAGCCAGGACCCUACCAGCAGAGCAAGUUCUCCUACUUCAAACUGUCCUUCAAAGAGCAUGGACAGAUAGAGUUCUUCCGGAGGCUGACCGAGGAGUUGAGCCAGAAGAGAUGGGAGAGUACGCCCAUGUCACAACCCAUCCCUACGGCAACCAACUCACAGGUCAGAGGUCGUCAUAGAACAGACAGUCUACUCUAA